AUGGUUGGCAUUCUGAUUGAGGAGAUGUUGGGAUUCAACGUCACCUACUCCUUUGGUCCAGGCACAGCUGACGGAUACUAUGCCAUUGCAGGUUGCUCUACUCCCAACAAUGCAGCAGACCGUGGCUGUAUCGAAGGUCAGGUCUCAUACCAGCACGUCCACACCGAAGCCUGGCUUUCAGGCUAUGAAUCUACUUGGAACGCUGUGCAGAAGCUCCAGAAUGCCCCAAAAGCGCUCACAAGCAUGGGAUACUCUGGCUUCGUCUCGUCAUACUUCACCAAGAGGGAGCUUGACACAGCUUACGCUACCGAAGGCCUCGCCUUGGACUUUUGGACGGCCUUUGAUUCUACCUGGAACCAACCAUGGAAGUACUUCGACAACCCUUCAGUUGUGAACAGGUCUGAAACGUUGCCUUGUAGUCAGUCGAAUUUCUACGAACAUAACAUCAUGCGAUCGUACCUGACGUGGUCCGGAGACACUGCAGGAGUGAUCACUCAACCUGAUGGCUCGCUGAUAGGAAAUUGUCAAGAUGGUUACUUCUGGCAGGCUCCAGCAUGCCGAGGAAACAUUGCAAAUUGCAUUGUUUAUUUCACAGGCGGCAAAGGCUACAGUUUGACCGAAACCAUGCAGAAGGCCGCGAAGUGGAACAUGCCUUUGGCCAUCGGAAUCGGUGCAACAUGGUCAGACUUUGUCAGCCUGCCUUCCAAACACAAGUCUCUGUUCUAUUGGUGGGUCCCUGACCCCACUUUCUUGGCGAUGGAUCCUGUAAAAAGCAGCUUCCCCGACUACAACAAGCAAGCGUGGGCAAAUGGAGACCAGUCGACAGCAUCGAGUUCGCUGCCAGUUCACAAAAUUGUGAGCAGGGACUUGUCUUCCUUAUCCCCUCGUCUUGAGCUGUUGGUAGACAAUUUCAACAUCGACAUGGGCUCAUUGAACAAGAUUUUGAUGGAGCAGAUUUCCAGUGGAGAUGACUGGAAGUCGGUGGCUUGCGAAUGGUUGCAGAACAAUGAAGAAACAUGGCAAGAGUGGUUGCCAGAUGAGUCGACCUGCUUCCCAACACUCGGCCUGUACAACAAAAUCACUGAUGAGUUCGUGCCAGACCGCAGUAACAAAGAUGGCCUGGUGUGCCGAGCCUGCCCCAGCGGAACUUACUCGGUUCAGAUCUCGGAUGAUGAUGGAGUGACGUACAUCUGCCAGGCUUGCGCUCCAGGCACGAGCCAGUCUAGUGGAGCGGCAUUGGCCUGUGAACCAUGUGCGAAGGGCCUAUUCCAAGAUCAGCCCGGACAGCUACGCUGUAAACGAUGUGAAGUUGGUACGUACCAGGAUGAAGAGGGCAGCCCCACUUGCAAACAGUGUCCAUUAAACAGUCGAACUUUGGCCUUGGGCUCCGUGGAAUUCGGCGAUUGCGGCUGCGAGGAGAAUUACAUCGAUGUCGGAGGCGAAGGCAAUCUGACUUGCGCGGCCUGUCAGGCAGGCCUUCUUUGUCCAUUGAUGGGGACUGAGGAGAGCUUGAAAAAAGGAUCUCAUCCUUUGGGUGAAGGCUACACCCCGAAAGUUCUGGAAGGCUACUACUCUAAAAAGGAUUCGCCGCUGCAGGUGUACAAGUGUGGAAAAGUCUUCCAGUGCCCAGGAGGUUUGCCUGACACUUGUGCUGGUGGACUGACUGGCACCCCAUGUGCCGAGUGUCCACAAGGAGGCCAGACGUACAGCGAUGGCUGUGAGGAGUGCGAGCUUUGGAGGCAAUUUGCGUGGGUGAUCGGUGCCUUCUUCUGUCUCUUUAUCCUCACUAUGUCCUAUUACCUAAUGACGUCGAAAGUUACCGCAAAAGCAUCAGUUCUUUUCACCACCACCUGUGCUUUCGGCAUGCUGGUCUCCCUGCUGCAGAGUAUUGGCAUCAUUGGUGGCAUGACGGUGGAAUUUCCAAUCAACAUCAAGGGACUCUUCUCCUUCAUGUCCAUCUUUGUGCUGGAUUUGGAGAGCUUUGGAUUUGCUUGCUUUGCUGGAGCCAAUACUGCCUUCCGCUACAGUGUCAGUGUGGUUCUAUUCCCUAUUGCAGUGGGAUGGUUGGCUUUGAACUUCGGAGUGAGCAAGCUUGUUCCGCGACAUGCUUGGGACUUGACGAAAGUGCUCAGCUGCAUGGGGCAGGUCAUGCAGGUGGGCUUCUCUACAAUGUCUGCCGUUGCUCUCGCGCCGUUCAUGUGCUAUACUCACCCCAACAACAUGCUCUCUCUCUCUUGA